GCAGAAAUGUAGCUCGAAAAAGAGAGAAAUAUAAACUGGAUUGUUUCAGAACGUAAACGUAAAACAGUGGCCUUCUCUCUGUACCUAUUAUGAGUUAUGUAGAAAAUAUAUAAAUAUGGGAAAUAACGAGUCUACACUACUUUAUGCCAACUAUGCUAUUUGCCAAACUAUCCGGAAUUGUUUGAACAUGCAGAAGCAUUCAAGGAAGAUAGUGUCGUUUUCUACUGAUGACGACAGUGACGAAGAUACAAAUAAAAUUGCAAGAGAGGAGGAUCAUGAAGAAGAGGCUAGAAGACUUAUUGAUCCACAUAGGUUACGUAUGCGACCAGUGGAACAGAGUAUAAUUGGUCGGAAACCUGCAAUAAGGAGAAAAGAGCCUCACGUUGGACCAAAACCAUCAUUAAAGAACGCUAAAUUGUAUAGGAUACUAGGGGAGGAAACUUUUACCACCUCCAGAUUGUUACACGCGUCCGCAUUGAGAAACGACGAAUCGGAAACGGAAACAGCCAAGGACUCAGUCAAUCGCAGUUUAUUACCCAAGUUUUUUAGUAAAUCAAAACCUGUCAAACAAGAGGUUCAUCAAUGGGAAGUUGACGUACAAUUAGCAGAUGAUAAUCAAGAAACAAGAGAAGAAUACGAUGAAUGCGAAAGUAAUUUGAUGCAAGAUAUUUCAUCCGAAUUGGCAAUUAUACGCAUUCAAAACGGAAAAUUCGUCGCCUCACUCGAUAUGAGAAAGAUUCCUAAGGGAUAUAUAACUCUGGAAUUAAGAGAAAUUUUCAGGAUAGAUAUACUGUUAGGAAAGAACAGUGAAUCUACAGAUCAGCAUACCGUCACUAGACGGCGUCCUUUUGCAUUUUUUCUUUUACCAAACUAUAUUGAUAUGCAAACUGUCGGCUUUGCUUUGAAGGACGAAAAGGAGGUUUUAAUCAUUUUUGGAUAUCUUUUUAACGCACUUCUCGAUACUGGCCCGAAGGAGACACAAUCAGUUUUUAGCCAUUUUUUCAAUACCGACUCUCCUAAGGCUAGGAGGAAAAAGUUGAAAGCGGACGAAACUACUCAUGAAGUUCAAUCAGACCUUGAUUUCGUUGUUAGGCGUCAAAAAAUGUGCUGAACGCCAUCUGUAUUCUAAUAUUCAAAUUAUAUUUAAAAAGUGACGUGUUCACUUGACGUCUUUAGCAUAGGUAAAAUUUUAAAGAAUAUAUUUACAUGCCUUCCUUAGUCAAUUCUUUAUACAAUAUACACAUACAAUUAUAUAUAAACUAUAUAUGUAAAACGUUUGUAAGGCAUAAACUAGGAUGACAAAAUGGCAGACAAAUUUCCUUUAAAUAAUCUUUCCUUAUCAUUCCAAAAUGUAAAUUAAGUGAUAAAGAUAUAUUAACACACACACAAAUUUAUGUAUAAUAUACAUAUAUAUAUAUAUAUAUAUAUAUAUAUAUAUAGGCAGUAUAUCAGCUUACUACAGGCAGCAAAAAUUUUCCAGAAAGUCUACGGAAUACGAAACAAUUACAACUGUUCAUAGUUUUUAUCAGAUAGAGUAGAGGUCUGUCUACAUGGAUAUUCAUUAAUAAUUCGGAUGGUUCAUUGUAGACUUUAAAAGUAUACUUUUAUAGUUUGUACAGGAAGAAAAAAAUUAUGCAUAUUCGUAGAUACAGGUGUAUAUAAAUAAAAAAUACGAGUAGUUUUAUACGCCAGGAACGCUACUUUGUCUUCUAACGAAGUAGGGUGCCAUCGAUGCGGCUUGUCCGGGCGUCUUCUGUCUGGACGCCACUGUUGGGUGAGAUCAAUUAUGCAAUUAGGUUAAUUAGGGUAUAAACAAAAUCUUUUCAGCUAAGAAUGUAUAAAGCUGUAUGGAGAAAUACGGUGCUAUAUGUCAUGCAUUUUUUAUACGCUCAUCUGGAGUAAAACGCUUGAUUUAAUUCAUUAAGUCCUAGGAAAUCCGUCGAAUCCCGGAAAAAGACGUCUCUACUACUUAUGGGAGGGAGAACAUACUCUCGUCAAUAAACGUCGGAAUAUUCAUUUUCUUUAUUAAUAAGUAAUAACUCACAAUAGACCCAUAAAUAGCUGACUGCGUCCGUAUAAGUAUACAUAAUUGAUUACGAUCUUUGAGUAGAUACAACCACAUUCUAUAGAUUUAGGGAAUAUAUUUUUGAAAAAACAGGAAAAAACUAUGUAAACAUCUAUGGAAAAUUUCACUAGAUAACCUAUGCAAUUACAAGUCAGUAUGUACAGUUGGUUGAAGGUAGAAAAAGAAGCGCUGGUAUAGUCGUAUAUAUCGAUUUCCGCGUUGCAGAUACGUUCAGAAAAUUAGGUAAAGUACAAAAAAAAAGUAGAUGUUACAUAAAAAAACCCCAAAUAAACAACCGAAAGAAUGGGGGGGGGGGAAAAAGAAUAAAAUACAGAUCUUAAAUAUAUGCAAAUAGCUUUAACUAAUUUUUUUCGUGAAAAAAAAAUCUGUUUGCUUUCAAAACGUGAUUUUGUGUCGGUAUAAAAAAAAGGGACAGAAGCGGCUGUAAAUGAUGGAUAGAGGCAAAUGCAGUACCAUUCGAAAAACUGCCUUGCCUACUCGUCCGACAAUACUUCAGGCUACGAAUUUAACCGGUUUUUCUUCUUACCUCUUUCUCUUUAUCUCUUUCUUUCAAAACAUUCGAUUUGAGUUGAAGAAAGAGAUGAAUGAAGUGGAAAAACCAUAGAAAACAAGAUAAAGGAAACAUAUGGAAAAAGACAAGAUGAGGAUACGGCGAAAAAAUUGCAAAUUGGAAAAUCCUUACGGUUAAAAGUCAACAGCUAUGGCUUUAUAGGCCCACAAUCUAAGCACACAACUAAAAGUAGAUGCAAGCACAUUGAUAAUUCUCCCUCCUACUUACACUAAAAACGUGUACUGUAUUAUAUAUAUAUAUAUAUAUAUAU